CAUAAUUUAUCUGUACGGGGAACAUAUAGUUCAAUGUCGAAUGAAGCGCUUCAAAUUCUAGUGUUUCAAAUCUGCACAGAGAACCCACGGCUUGGAGUAAAAAUGGUUCUUAAUCGGCUUCAAGCCAUGGGCCAUCGUUUACAAAGGGACCGAGUUCGGGAGGCUAUGAAUGUACUCUUUGGGGCAAGGCAGAUGAAUCGACGAUUGCACCGAAGAACGUAUCAAGUUCGUGCUCCAUUAUCCGUCAUCCAUUUUGAUGGGAACUAUAAUCUUAUCAUGUGGCGUUUCGUAUUCCAUGGCGGAAUCGAUGGAUUUUCACGGCUCAUAUUCUUUUUAAAAGUCGCGAACAACAACAGAUCAAGAACAGUUUUUGAUGGGUUUUUAGAUGGGGUGAGGAAGUACGGCGUUCCAAGUCGUGUUAGGGCCGAUCACGGCGGGGAAAAUGUUGUGGUUGGACAGUUUAUGCUGAUUCACCGUGGAUUAAACCGCGGUAGUUUUAUGACAGGGAGAUCAGUACAUAACCAGAGGAUUGAGCGUCUUUGGCAAGACGUGUGGAAUGCCUGCACUUCAAUUUUUUAUGAACUUUUCAUGAAAAUGGAGAGAAAAGGUAUCCUAAGUAGCAUUUCGGAACUGGAUCUCUAUUGCCUUCAUGUGAUUUUCCUCCCAAUCAUUCAGCAACAUGUGGAAGAAUUUGUUGAUGCGUGGAACCUUCACUCUAUCCGCACAGCACCCUCAUCAAUGUCUCCUGUCCGCAUGUUCAUGAGAGGGCUGACCUCAUUACGGAGAAGAUCAGUAUUGGAAAGAAGGAGAUUUACUGAGUUAGUACAGGAUAUUGAUUUUGAGCAAUAUAUUGAGGAAGACCCAUCCAUAAACGGAGAAGCAGUGGAAGUCCCAGAAAUUGAGUUUCAAAUCGACCGGCGAGUAGAACGACGCCUUCAAAGAAAAUACGGGCAUUUGCUGUGUAGGCUAACAAUUGCUAUGCGGAAAUAUCGCCGACUGCGUCAUGAGGUGAUGGCAAUAACUCAAACAGAUGAAAAUUGA